AUGAAUUUAACUACCUAAAACUCUAAAAACGACAGGUUCAAAGAACUUGUAAUUAAGGAUGCCCUGACUGAGCUUAAAUCAACAAAGAUGUCAAGCUAUUACUCUUCAUCCAUGAAAAAGGGAUCAAGCAAACCGAAAAUGUACGACAUUAUAAACCCUAGUGAAAUAUCAAAGAUUAGAAUUUCCUCGAUGCACGAUUUUAAAAUAGAGGAUGAUUUCCACAAGCAUCAUAACCUAUAGUAAUAUAAGUAACUAGAUGCUAUAAGAAUAAGUAUGAAGGCAAAGCCAAGGUUGCCCAACAGCUUUAGAAAACACAAAAACAGCGAAUAUAAGCAAAUUAGAGAUAGAUACAGAGCGUUGUCAUAGAUAGACAAUUUGAAAGGUUAGGAUGACACACUUUCUAUGAACUCGCCGUAAUUUGACUACAGUGAUGCUCAUUUAAAGCAGGCUUAUUAAAACUAAGGCAAAAAAUCUAAAAACUAAGCAAUCAGAUCUGGUGGAAUGGGUUUCUUUGGAAGAAAACUCGGCAGUAUUUAAGAUGGCUUAAUAACUGGGGUGGAAUCACCUCAAGGCUCAUAAAGAAGAAAAAUGGUCUUGUCAAACUACAAAGAGGCUGUCGACAAGAAUUCAUAGCAAAAAUCUAGAGAAAAGCUUAUGAACAUAAAUGACUAAAUCAACUUGAAGAUUGAGAAUCUGAUAAAGGAGGUACAAAUUUUUGAUAAAAGCAAGGAUCUCAUUUAAAUAAAUACUAACUAAGCAGAUUACUAAUCUAAAAACGAAGUAACAAAUAAAUUAAGACAGAUAAAAGAUAACUUCAAAAAAAUAAAUGAAGUCAAGCAAAAAAUGAGUCAGAAAACAGUAUCUGAUUUCAAAAUGGAAUUGACUACCUUAGUUAAUUCCUUGAAUCCUGUAGAAAUAAAAAGAAUUACAUCAUAGAUAGAUGAGCAAGGGCAAGUUGAGCUUACUCUUGAUGAUGCUUUUCCACAGUUAAAUCUAAGUAGCAAACAUUCCAGCCCUUCUUCAAUACUUUACUUUAAUAAAAGAUAAAGCACGAAAUUUGAUAAGAGUAGUCAAGACAACGAGGAUUAAGUUCUCCUAAAUUACUCUUUCAAUUAAGCAGCAAGAAAAGAUGAAUAAGAAGUCUAAAGGAGUUAUAUUCAAAACUACCUGAAAACAAAAAUAGAAGAUAUGGUGAAAAAGACAUCUGAGGUCUUUACAUCAUCUUAAACAAGACCCAAGCAGACCUCAGAGAGAAGACAGAUUAAUGAUUUCGCAACUAAAUUAUAGUAUUUAAAAAAAGAUAGCUAGUUUAAUGAACUUAAGCAGACAAUAUUUCCAAUUGAAAUCCAAUAAAGAUCUGAUUUUAAAGAGUUUGUUGAAACUAGAUAUUAAGAUAUACUCAAAUCAAGUGAUAGAACUGAAAUAUAGAUUGUUGAAGCAAUGUUUUACGAGAGUGAAUCAGAUGAUGUCAUAGUGUUAAAGUUAAGGAAUUUGAUCUAUGAAAAGAUGAUGGAAGAUUAUCUAAAGAAAAAGAAGCUUAAACUUAUGAAAUUCCUGGGUACUUUGCCCUUUUUAAAAGAUCAAACGGCAGGGUUCUUUGAUGAUUUCCUCAAUGAAGUAAAUAUUUAGACUUUCAAGAAAGGAGACAAUAUUUAUAAAGAAAAUGAGCAUCCGAAGUACUUUUGGGUAGUUUUAAAUGGAACAGUUCAUGUUUAAAAAGAAAUUCAAGUGCAAUACACUAAUUACUGGCCUAAGGGUCAUCAAAUGUGGAAUAUGAGUACAGUUACCUAGAAAGUGAAUAAAACUAUAUAGAUAAUCUCGAGAGGAUAGUAUUUUGGAGAGGAAGAAAUCCUUACAAAUCAUGUUGUAAGUUGUAAUGUGGUUGCGGGAUCUGAAAACGUUGAAUUGAUAGGAUUUACAAGGGAUUGUUUAAAAAAGAAUUUAUCAUCAGCAACUAUUAGUAAUUGGCUGAGGGAUCAUGUUCUAGUCAAAUUCCAAAAAGAAAAAGACAUUUUAAAGCAAGCAUUGAUAGAUAAAAAGAUUAAAUAGAUGCACCAAAACGCUUUCCUAAAUUCAACAUAAACUAACCCAAUUGAUGGAGAAGAUAGAUCAUCUUAUGUUCCCUCAUAAAUCAUUAAGAUGCAGAGAAAAAUAAAACCCUGGUUAAAGCAACACUCAUCUCUUCCAGUUUCUCCAAGGAGAGGAAGUCCAGAAAGGAAAAAGAAUUUUAAAUUAAAUAAUGAUCUUCUAAAUAAUGAAAAGUUGUCCAAUCUCUUACUUCUAGAAAGAGGAGAAUCAGUGAUUCCUGAAUUAGAUGAAGUAAAUACAGAGUUUUCCAAAAAGAUUGAUGCCCGUGUUCUAAGUCUCAGAGGAUAUCAAAAAGCUAUGAGUGAAAAGUAAGAUUUAUACGACAAAGAGAUGGCUGAGAAGAUUCUAAAGCAAGUAUUUGAAAAUAAAUUCUGA